AUGUCUCCUGAAUCCGUACCAUCACGUUUUGAGUCCGAGGCGGCGGACCCUUCGCCCCUGGGUGAACCCCUGGAGUUCCCGGUCUCGAAGCGAGUUGCCAUCAACCGCUUCCUGAAGGGUGCCAUGUCCGAGGGUCUGGCGAGCUGGGAUGAGGACGAUCUCUCAGCACGUGGCAUUCCCGGCAAGGACCUCGCAACUCUGUAUCGCAAGUGGGGAGAGGGUGGAUGGGGCCAACUCUUGACUGGAAACGUCCAGAUCCAUCCUGGCCACCUUGAAGGAAAGGGCAACAAAAUCAUCCCCCCGGACGCGCCGUUCGAGGGUGAGCGCUUUGAAGGUUUCAAGGCCAUUGCCGAUGGUGCCAAGGCGCAUGGGAGUUUAAUUGUCGCUCAGGUCUCUCAUGCUGGGCGCCAAGUGCCGGAGGAUAUUCAGCAGCACCCCGUCAGCGCAAGCGAUGUGCAACUGAUCACGCCGAGCAUGGGUGGUAGAACAUACGCAAAGCCCCGUGCUGCGACGAAGGAGGACAUUGAGAGCUUCAUCCAAGGCUUUACCCACGCUGCUGUGUACCUCGAGAAGGCGGGCUAUGAUGGUAUCCAGCUCCAUGGCGCCCACGGAUACCUGCUUGCGCAGUUCCUCAGUCCAACGACCAACCUCAGAACUGACCAGUACGGUGGCAGCCUAGAGAACCGCAUGCGCCUUAUUCUGGAGAUCGCAGCAUCCAUUCGGUCAAAGGUCUGCCCCCAGUUUAUUCUAGGUAUCAAGAUCAACUCGGUGGAGUUCCAAGAAAAGGGAUUCACAACAGACGACGCCGUUCUGCUCUGCCAGGCUCUGGAGAAGGCCGGGUUCGACUAUGCCGAGACGAGCGGAGGCACCUACGAGUCCAUGGGUUUCAAGUACCAGAAGGAGAGCACUCGGAAACGAGAGGCCUACUUUAUCGAGUUCUCUGAACAGAUCCACAAGUCGGUGAAGAAUCUGAAGUUGUACACGACGGGAGGAUUCAAGACCGUCUCUGGAAUGGUCAAGGCCCUUGAGAGUGUUGAUGGUAUUGGCAUCGGCAGAGCUGCGGCACAGGAAGCUGACCUGCCCAAGUUGCUGCUCUCGGGCAAAGCCAAUGGCGUGAGGACGUGUGCUGUCGCCGAGGAUAAUCUAUUCGUGCGCCUUGUAGGUGCCACCAUGCAAAUCAAGCAGAUCGCCAACGGAGAGGAGCCGAUUGAUUUGUCAAAGGAGGAGAGCUUCCAGCAGAUUUAUGCAGCCCUUGGAAUGCCGGCAGCUUAA